AACCCAAACCCACAGUUAAUUACGUUCUUUGUGCUGAUCAGAGUUAUUUAGGUGUAAAAUAGCUGUUGGUUUGGCUCUUUUCAGGCAUUUUUAUUGGGUAGUUUCCAUGGUGGCCUGGUAACCGCGCGUCAAACAACCUCCUGCAAGGUAACCAGGCAAUGUACUGGUAGAAAUCUCAAAAUGUCUGCAACUAGUAGGUCGAGCAAGAAAGUAGAUAUUUUGAGCAAGAAGAUCCCAGAAAACCCCAAAUACAAGCAUGUGAAAGCUACCGUUGACACGGGAUCUAGUGUUACCAAGUACAUGGAAAGGAUCGAUGAAAUCCGAAAAAAUUACAAGUUCAGGAAAGAUGAAAUCUUCAAAAGAAUGAAAGCAUCGACCUUUGCCCAACUGGUGUUGCAAGUAGCACAAGUUUUGCAAGUCGAGCAAGACAGAGAAUCUCUAAUGACGGCUGAUUUGCAAAGAACAAUAGUGCCUGAAGAAAAGGAAUCAGUUGAAGACGGGGAGAAUGUGCCACCAUUAAACUUGGGUGAUGACAGACCUGCAACAUCUGGCACUGCAACUUCGAGGUCAACUCUUCAAAGUUUAAUUCAUGGAGUGGGAGAGAUAGACGUCAAAGAUCAAGACAGUGACCAUAAUAAAUCAUCAGAAAUGCCAACAGAGACACCUUUGAGCACAGUUGCCCCUGAUGUGGAAUCCAUGCCGUAUCUGCUACUAGACCUACGUGAUAAAGAAGCAUUUGAUAAAUGUCACAUUAUUGGAGCUCUGCAUUACCCAUCCAGUAUGCUUUCAAGGUCUUAUAAUUAUUUCACUAAAGAGAUACUUAUAUUUAAAAACAAACUUGGAAAAAUUAUCAUCCUUUAUGAUGAAGACGAAAGGCUCGCAGCCCCGGCAGCAACAACAUUUGUUCAGCGAGAGGUGGACAAUGUGUUCAUGUUAUCUGGGGGCUUGAAGGUGCUAGCAAAGAAAUUCGCCCAAGGAAUGAUUACCGGGACUCUUCCGGCAUCAUGUCUUCCUACCCCUCCCCCCACAAGAAAGGGCUCAGGAAAGUCAAACAGGCCGGGCACUGUAGCACCUCUAUUGCCUUAUCAUGUGAAAUAUUUCACAGCAGAUCAUCUUGAGAGAAUUCAAGAUGCUUUGGAUGAUGAGCUAUUGCUUCAAGACAGCCGAAUGAGUUCAAGAGUCUCCAGUCGCUCUACUGCAAGUGUUGCGAGUAGUCGCGUUUCCACAGCAACAUCCACUGCAAGCAAGAAGCCCUCAUGGAAGUGAUGAAUGAUAAUGUGCUCUUAUCAACAAUGUUGCUUCUUGCAGUUAGCGGUGCAGUGUAAAAUGUCUAAAUGGACCCACAGAUUCUAGUUGCUCCAUCCCACUGCACGAGUUUACCUCUUAUGAUGUUUAUAAUCCUUACACAGAAUAUAAUAAGAAAAAAAAAAACGAAAACCAAAAAGUACUAUGCACUUAUAAGAAACUGUAAAAGACUGAAGCACCAGGGCUCAGGAUAAUUGAGCCGCAUCUCAAUAAUAUUUUCAAAGUUUUUGACAACAUAUUUUUUUAAUUCCUGAAAAGGUUGACUUCAUGUGACAUAGGAGAGUGUUAUUUAGCAGCUACACUAGGAGAAUAACAAAAAAUGUUAAAAGAAUACACACUUGUGGUUCUUUCACAUGAUAUUUGCAAACUCUAAGAAAAGCUAAAAAAUCUGGAAAAUCAGAUUGCGAUUUAGAUCAACAACUGUAUAGGACAAUUGUGAGGAAUGCCAGGAGAUAUAAGAUAAAUAUAUGGAAAGUGUAUUUUUGCCAGGCAAUUAAGGUGGACGGCCCUGUCUGGGAUAGUAAGUGGGUAAUGUGUUUGAAUAGACCCUUAUGAGAUCCUGUUUGCAGGCUAAGAGCAGAAAGUAUGAUCAUAAUUUGAAUGGGACCUUAAGGUCAUGGCAAGCUCUUUAUUAUUAGAAAAAAAUAAUCAGAGUUAUAAUAUAGAAGAUUGAUAAUUAUACAUUAUAUAGUUUGCAUAAUGUAUAAUUUAGUCAGUAUUUUAUUAAGCAAGCCAGCUAUAUAUAACAAACCAGUUAUUUUGCACAGAUCUGGAUAUGAAGAUGAAUAAUUUUCCAAGGGGCAGAAUAGGUGUAAAUUAUAGGUGUAAAGUAUUUUAGAAGCAGUUGUAGAGUUGUAUAACUUAAACGUGUGUGAUAACCAGCCCCAAUUGUUUUGAAAAAGCUCCAAGCAAAUGACCUGAGGUUAAGAGCACAAAGCUUUACUGCUGUUAAUCGUGUUCCUAAUAAAAAUGCUGGUAAUA